GCGAGGGAGGGAGGGAGAGAGAGAGAGAGAGAGAGGGUGGGAAGAGAAAGCAAGCGGACAGCGCCAAACUCCGUGUGUGUGAGAGAGAGACAGAGAGGGAGAGAGAGAAAAACGCAAAAGCAAACUCCCAAAGCCGGUGCUGCGGGUUCCUCUGAGAUACAUAACGCCGAGUUGGCACCGCACUUGUUGACGCCGAUGGCCCGGGUCCCGGCCUCCGCCUACCGCGGCUUGCUGCUCUUCCUGCCCUUCCUCGCCCUGCGCCCGCUCCCCGGUUCCCUGGCACAGAAUUCGGUGACGUUCAGCCUGCCCGAGGAACAGCCGCCCAACACGCUGAUCGGAAACCCGGGCGAGAGCCUGGGUCUGGAGCGGGACAACCGCCUGUUCAAGCUGGAGCUAGGCCAACCUUACCUUCGGGUGGACCAGACGGGAGGCAACAUGUACACCACGGAAACAUCCAUCGACCGAGAGAAGAUGAUGUGUGACAGUCCCACCGAAUGCCCACUGGAGUUUGAGAUCUCGGUCACCGACACCAUGUACAACUCGCCCACCGUGCUGGUGGAAGGCAGGAUCUUGGUGCAAGACGUGAACGACAACUCGCCGUCCUUCAGCUCGCCGGUCAUCUCCAUCGCCAUCCCCGAACACACACCCCCGGGCACUUUGGUCAACAUUCCCACAGCCAGCGACCGCGACGCGGGGACCAACGGCGUGUCUGGCUACGAAUUGCUGGGCAACGAGGGCCAGGGUCUCUUCAGCUUGCAGGUGGCCGAGGAACACGGCGAGAGGUUGCCCCAACUCAUAGUCACCGGCUCUUUGGACCGGGAGCAACGGGACACCUACGAUUUGACGGUGAGGGUGGUGGACGGAGGGCUGCCACCCAGGAGUAGUACCUCGGUCUUGCGGGUCAGUGUGUUGGACAUUAAUGACAACGCGCCCCGAUUCGAGAGGUACAUUUACCAAGGGUCGGUGGAAGAGAACAGCCCGGCCGGUACUUCCAUCCUGCAGGUGAGGGCCACCGAUAUGGACUUGGGCGAGAACUCUCGGAUCGAGUACACUUUCGCCCAGGCGGCGGAUAGCGCACGCCGCCUACUCCGUCUGGACAAGAACACCGGCUGGAUUACGGUGCAAGGGCCGGUGGACCGGGAGCAGUUCAGCCAGUUCAGGUUCUACGUUCACGCCCGCGACAAAGGCCCGAUCCCCAAACAGGACAGGGCUUCGGUGGUGAUCACGGUUCGAGACACCAACGACAACGCGCCGGCCAUCGAGAUCCGAGGGAUAGGCCUGGUCACUCACCGAAACGGGGUGGCGGAUAUCGACGAGGAGGCACCGGUCGAUUCUCCUGUGGCUCUGGUCCAAGUGUCGGACCGCGACGAGGGGGAGAACGCGGCGGUGACUUGCAUAGUCGCGGGAGACGUGCCCUUCCAACUCAAACCGGCCAGCGAGUCCAGCAGCGAGAGGAAGAAGAAGUUCUUCCUGCAGACCACCACCGCCUUGGACUACGAGAAGGUCCAAGAGUAUCUCAUCCAGAUCGUGGCGGUGGAUGCGGGCAACCCACCCCUGUCCAGCACCAACACCCUGACGGUGAAGGUCACUGAUGCGAACGACAACUCUCCCAUCUUCGCCCAGAACCACAUGCAAGUUGGGAUAUUGGAGAACAACCGACCUCCCACUACUUUACUCCGGGUGGCGGCCACCGACGCCGACAGCGGCAGCAACGCCGAGCUCAUCUACUCCCUGCAACCCGACCCGGCCAUCCAGGGCCUGUUCCAGAUUAACCCUAACACGGGAGAGGUGAGGGUCGUCUCGACGUUAGACCGGGAGCAGAAGGAGCGCUACGAGUUCAAGGUGGCGGCGGCGGACAAGGGGAUCCCCAGCCAGAAAGGUACGGCCACCGUGGUGGUCAAUGUCUUGGACGAGAACGACAACGACCCUCGGUUCAUGCUCAACGCAUACAAUUUCUCAGUGCGGGAGAACCUGCCCCCGUCCAGUCCAGUAGGUAUGGUCACUGUGUCCGAUGCCGACCAGGAUACCAACGCUCGCAUUACUUUGUUGGUGGACCCUGACAAUGGCGAAUUUGAGAUCCAAAACGGCACGGGGACCAUCCUCUCCCGGGUCUCAUUUGACAGAGAGCGCCAGAGCACCUACACCUUCCAGCUGAAGGCCAUAGAUGGAGGGACACCGCCCAAGUCUGCCUAUGUAAGUGUCACCAUUAAUGUCUUGGAUGAAAACGACAACACUCCCUUCAUCACUCAACCUUCCAAUUCCUCCUUCCAACACAUCAACCCCCUCACCGCCAUUGGGACGGUGGUGGAGCGGGUCAAAGCCGAGGACAUGGACAUAGGAAGCAACGCCAAUUUGACCUACGACAUUGUUGGAGGUAACCCCUUUGGCCUGUUCCACAUCUCGCACGCUGGAAGCCUGACUCUGGAGAAAGAACUCAUGCGUCGACACUACGGGUUGCAUCGGCUGGUGGUUCAAGUAAGAGAUGGCGGUACGCCAGCCCGCUUUGCCACCGCCCUGGUCCACAUGUACGUCAACGACACCAUGGCCAACGUGAGCCUGGUGGAAGCGUUGGUGGGCCACAGCCUCAACACCCCGUUGGACGUGGACAUUGCCGGCGACCCCGCUUACGAGAAGAGCAAACAGAGGAGCAACGUCCUGUUCGGAGUGAUCGCUGGGAUUAUCGCAGUCAUACUGGUGAUAGUGGUUGUGGUACUGAUCCGCUACUGCCGGCAGAAGGAAGCCAAGAGCGGCUACCAGGCCGGCAAGAAAGAAACCAAGGAUCUGUACACACCCAAACAGACCAACAAAAACACCAAGCACAAGGACAAGAAAAACAAGCUCCCCAAACCUUCGAAACCAUUGGAAGCCGAGGAGAGCGGCGCACAGAGGGGAUUACAAUUCAACUUGAUCAACGAGUCUAGCACUGAUAGUCCACGGAUUCAUCUGCCGCUGAACUGUAAUCCGGGCAGUCCCGACCUCGGGAGACAUUACAGGUCGAAUUCCCCUCUCCCCUCAAUUCAGCUCCAUCCGCAGUCGCCGACUGCUGGGAAGAAACACCAAGUGGUGCAGGACCUGCCCGCGACCAACACCUUUGUUGGAACCGGCGACAACAACUCUACCGGGUCGGACCAGUACUCCGAUUACAGCUACAAGACCAACCCCCCGAAGUACAACAAGCAGGAGGUAAGGAGAUUCCUGACUACCAGCGAAGUUUGAGUGAUGAACACGGAAUGUAACUAAAGCAGCGGAGCGGCGGCGAGGGCCUUCGUGCAAGAGCGCGUGACGGGACGCUGAGGGCGAGAAAAGGCUCUGACAGCAAGACCCGAGGGGGUGAACAUUCUUCUCGCCCAUCCUCCUCCAACUCCUCCUGCUCCACUACUGUGCGGGAACCUCUGAGAGACCUGCCGAGCCUGCGGGAAGAUCAGCAUUUACUGCUGCUGUGUACAAAGUGGCUGGUGUUCGCGCAAACGCGCUGAACGGACGGUACAGAGACAGCCCUGUCGGCCCUGGCUUAUCUAUGCUGGUUUUCAUGCUUCACCGCUGCCUUCUUCUACCACUGCCUCACCUCUCCCCCACACACACACACACACACCGCUACCAACUCCAGGUGCCAUCCUCAACUUCACUUUGACUGCAUCUGUGCACUCCACUUGCAACUCUCCGGGGAAUGGACUGACGGCUGGAUGUAUGAUCUUGUAUUUACGGACACUUUUUGUCUUCAUGAGUCCAAGGAACAUCUUCACGCCUUGCCACUUUGAAAGACCCCCCCUUCCCCUUAUUAGCUCUAUUUGUUUGAACAUGAUUUGUCUGUGUCUUAUCCCUUCCAGGCCCAUCUGUGCAAUAAAUGUGAUGUCAAGAAAUGAUUCACUUUGCUACCUGAAACUAUUUGCUGUUCUAUCCAUAUAUGGAUUUUUGUUUGGUCAAAAACUCUUACCUUCCCUGACAUAAAUCUCACUUGAGUGCAGUUUCUUGAAUGUACCACCAGUAUAUAAGGAUAAACACUUGAGUCCAGGGCACUGAUAUUUGCUGGGAAAUUAUCUGUUGCUGUUCUUCCUCUUUAUUUACUUUCUGACAAAAGUUGGCUUUUAAGAACAGCAAUUUUGCUUUCUUUAUUUUCCCCUCCUUAAUUCCAGUUCACUAUUUUGCACAUCAACCUUAACACGACAAUGCCUGAGGGCUUCAGAAAAAUGCGAUCAAACAAAAGUUUACACCACCCAACAUAAGGGGCUUUUUGGACGGAUGCCCAAAAGCAAACAGUAAACUGCUGGAGGAACUCAGCGGGUUAAGCGGCAUCAGUGGAGGGAAAGGGACAAGAAGACAUUUCAGGUCUGAACCCUUCUGUAGACUGAAGCUGUAGAUGGGACAAUACAGUAGGGAAGAGGGUUUCAGGGGAAUAUUAAAGAAAGGUGUGAGGAGGUUUAGAGAGGGAACUCCGAAGGUUUGGGCUUGGAUGUUUUCAGGAAUGGCUGCUAAUCGUGGAUAUGGAUAUUCCAUAUGGAUAAUUGGAAGCCUAGAUAAUGCGGAGUUAUAGGAAUGGGGAGAUCAAAGAAGAAAUGGAGGAAAGCACAAGACGAGCACAAUUAAAUGAAGAAAAUGCUAAUUUUAAUACAUUUCCCAAAUAGAUUGGUGAGAAAGAUCACGUAAAUGAGUUUCAUGGUGAGAUCUGGUUGACUUCCGUCAAUUUAGGCCCUUUUAUUUAUGCUUUAACUGGCAUAUAGGGGCUGAUUUAUGUGUAGCGAUGGGAAGCAAUUGGAGCAUGGGUAUCAAGGUUGAAAUGCCAUGUUCAGGUCAUACGAACGGUGACUUAAGUCUGCACUUGGGAGCAUUGUGCGCAGUUCUGGAUGCCAUGUUAUAGGAAGGGUGUGUUAAACUAGAGAGGGUGCAGAGUAAGUAUUCACAGGGGAGAUUGUUUCCCCUUGAAUGAAGGAGGCUGAGGUGUGACUUUAAAAAAGGUUUGUAUAAUUAGGAGGGAUUGAGAUAGGCACAGUUUUCAUUUCCCCCGGGUAGGUAAAUUGACGGCACAGGUUAAGGUGAAAGAGGAAAAAUAUAAAGUGGAUCAUAAGAUCACGUUUCUCACAUAGAGUGUAGUGGGUAUAUGGAACAAGCCGGCAGAGGAUGGCAAAGAGCAGGUACAUUUACAACCUGUGCAAGACAUUUGGACAGGUUCAUGGAUAUGAAAGGUUUAGAUAGAUAGCGGUCAAAUUCAGGUAGGUAGGAUAGUAUGGGUAGCAUGGAACCGGAGGGUACUGUUUUUCUGCUGUGCAACACCAUGAAUGUAUGUUAAAUAUGUUACCACACUGGAUGCCAACUCACUGUAGGCCUUGCCUCCUUGCCUUACGGAAAGUGGGUUGGCAAUUGGUAUUCCUUACAUCAGCCAUGGAUUGCAACACAUAUUCACCACCCUAUCCCCCUCCUGCAUUUGUGUUUUCCAGGCCAAUCCAUGUUGUCUGGUCCUUUGCAGCAUCCAGCAGAGGGAGGGAAUGGCUCCCAGCUCCGAAUCCUUCCCAACAUUUGAUCCAUCAAACAGUUGCAGCACUCACAUUACUUUGCCAUACAACCAUUGUGCAGCUCACAAAUCAAAGCCAUUUCCUUUGAGCUCCCCUGUUCCAGGGUAAUGCAUCCACUUCCUUAUUUCUAGCAAGUUAAAUCAGUUAGACGCAAAGUGCUGGAGUAACUCAGCGGGUCAUACAGCAUCCCUGGGGAACAUGGGUAGGUGACGUUUCAGGUCGGGACCCGUCUUGAGGUGAAAUGUCUUCUGAAGAAUGAAGAAAAGUCCUGACCUGAAACGUCAGCUAUCCAUGUUCUCCAGAGAUGUUGCCUGACCUGAUAAGUUACUCCAUCACUGUCUUUUUGUCCAAAUAUUGCCCGUUGAAGUAAAAUUAGUGAGGAAAACAUUGAAAAAAACAAUCUAAACAUGGGUUUGAAAGGGGUCCUAGAUACCAACAUCAACCUUAAACAUUGGCUUGUAUUUUCCAUUGAAAACAAAGGAAAACUGCUUAUGGUGCAAAACCUUUGCAUUUUCUCUCUGUGUAAAUGCCAGAGAAUUUAGCUUAAUUUUGUAAAAAGGGGUGACGUUUCGGGUUGGGAUUAGGUCUGUCUGAAGUCAGUCUGAGGAAGGGUCCCGACCUGAAACGUCACCCAUCCUUUUUCUCCAGAGUUGCUGCCUGACCCGCAUAGUUACUCCAACACUUUGUGUCUAUCUUCAGUAUAAACCAGCAUCUGCAGUUCCUUUCUACACAAGUUAAAUCAAUUUCUGGGUGUUAAAUUCGGACACAUUACUGCAUCUCUUUCUACUCCUUUAAAAAGCUGUUGUCUUGCUAAUAAUGCCUUAUGUGACUCGGUGUCAACAUUUUGAUUGUUAACGAUGCUAUGAAACGCUUGAUGUAUUUUUCAUCUUGCGAGGCACUUUACGAAUACAAGUUGUUAUUAAUUGUGACAGAUCCUUGAUUGGUGCUUGCUUCUCACAGGGUGUGUGGGGGGGAAGAUGAGAAAGGAAAAGGGUGCUGUGAGAUGUUAGAUUUUGAAUCCUAAAUCAAAUAAAAAGCAACGUAUGAAAUUAUGUAAUUUACUUUGGGUUAGUUUAUUCUGAAAUGCAAUUUAAGAUUUAUUAAUGCUUCGAUCAAGAAUAGCUGGGCUGGCUGACUAUGCUGGUUUAACCCUGCAUGGGGAAUUGAGAUAACGGAGGUGAUGGGAGGAGACCAAUAAUGCCAAAUUAUUCAAUAGGAAAGAUAAUGACAAUGUGUCGAUAGAUUUCCUGUUAAUAACGUGAUUAAUAUGUCAAAUAGUUUCAGGAAUGAACGAGACAAAGAGGGUGCUAUUGUGUGUUUUAGACAACAUUCCACACUCCACAUUCAUCAAAAAGACUAUUAUAUUGUGAUUAGCUUGUUGUUUGGAUAAGCUUGCUCUUUGGAGUUGUCUGUGCCAUUUCCUGCAUUACCAUAAUAGCUAUACAAAAGUAUUUCACUGGCUCUUUCUAAAAGCAAUGUUUUUAGUUUAAUUUGGAGAUGCACCUUGAAACAGGCCCUUCGUCCCACCAAGUUCACGCCAACUAACGAUCACCCCUAGUUCUAUGUUCCCUUCAUUAGGGACAAUUUACAAAGCCAAUUAACCUACAACCCUGAACAUGUUUGGAAUAUGGGAGGAAGCAGAAGCACCUGGAGAACACCCGCUUGUUUAGAUUCAUUUAGUUUAGUGCAGGGAUACACCGUGAAACUGGCCUUUUGCCCCACUGUGUGCACGACAACCAACAAUCACCCGUUCACAUUAGUUCAAUGUCCUGCACACUCGGGGAAUUUACAAUAGCCAAUUAACCUACAAAGUUGCACGUCUGUGGAGUGUGGGAGGAAAGCGGAGCACCCGGAGAAAACCAUGCAGUCACAGGGAGAAUGUGCAAACUCCGCAAAGACAGCACCCGUAAUCAGGAUCGAACCAGGGUCUAUGCGGCUGUGAGGCAGCAAUUGUACCAGAUGUGAAAGGCGCAUUGUCAGUGGAAAUCCUUCUGCUCUUUUGCCCUCACAUUUACCUCAACUUCAAAUUUAUUUCUAGAGCAUCUGGCUCCAUGCAACCUUUCUGACUUUCAAAUCUCAUCAUCUCUCUGGUGGCCUGUAUCUUGUUCCCCAGGCUUUCGUAUGGUUCACUGCUUGUUAUCUAAAUCAUAUGCCUCUCAGCCCUUGCAUACUAAAUGUUGCAGCUAACCUCAUUAAUCUGCCUGGUGGGAUGAUUCAAAAAUGUUGAGUUUUUUUUUGUAUCGGCCACGAUCCUGUUGCAAGCAAUGACUCAAGGGGGUGAUUUGUAUAUUUCUAUUCCUAUUUCAUAUGAUGACACAACAUGCUGGAGUAACUCAGCAGGUCAGGCAGCAUCUGUGGUCAUGGAUGGGCGACAUUUUGGAUCAAGGCCCUUCCUCAAUCUGAUCUGAAACAAAGUUCUGGAGUAACUCAGCGGGUCAGGGUCUGAUGAAGGGUCCCGACCCGAAACGUCACCUGUCAAUGAUCUUUCGAGGUGCUGACUGACCUGCUGAGUUACUCCUGCACUUUGUGCCAUUUUGUGUAUUAACCAGCAUCUGCAGUUCCUAGUUUCAACAUCUCCCUAUUUCAAUUCAUGCACAGUGGCAGAGUGGUAGAACUGCUGCCUUACAGCACUGUACGGACUUUGUCCAUUCUUGACUGUGACCACAUGGGUUUUUUCCGGUUGCUCCUGUUUCCUCCCACACUCCAAAGCUAUACAGGUUAAUUGGACUCUGUAAAAUUGCCCCAAGUGUGCAAGGAGUGGGUGAGAAAUUGGGAGAACAUAGAAUUAAUGUGACCGGGUGGUCGAUGGUCGAUGUCGACUCAGUGGGCCAAAGGGCCUGUUUCCAUGCUGUGUCUUUCAAUCAGUACAAUUUAGGGAGAUGCUCAAUUUUAUGAACACUAUGUGUUUCUUUCCCUCUCAAGAGUUACUGUAAGCAGGGAUAAGGAAUCAAUCUCUGAAUUCCUGAAGUCGCCGGACACUCCUGACAAAUUGACAUGCUCCAAUUAUUUUUAUGAAUGAGUCAGCAGUCACGGAGUUUGCAAAUGAAACCAGUCAAACGACAGGAUGCCCACUGCCAGAUCAGUCCCCACUCAAAAUCAAUUUAAUUAUUUUGGGCAAUAAUGAACUUUUUCUCUCAGUUCAUGUUGCAAACACCGCUAAUUAGUGAUCAGUGAACAAACAUUGGCAUCGUUAUAAGACACAAAGGGCUGGAAUAGAGCAACAGUGUAGUUGCUGCCUCACGGGCCAGAGACCCGGGUUCGAUCCUGACCUUGGAUGAGCUAUCCAGAGUUUGUAGUUCUCCCUGUGACCACGUGGAUUUUCUCCCGGUGGUAUUGGUUUCCUCCCACAAUACAAAGACGUGCAGCUUUGUAGGCUAAUUGCAUUCUGUAAAUUGUCACUAAUGUGUCGAUAAACUAUAGAGUACAGAUGAUCGCUGGACGUCGUGGACUUGGUGGGCCAAAGGGCCUGUUUCCAUGCUGUAUCUCCAAAAAUACAUUCAUAAGUUCUAGAACAUGAAUUAGGUCAUUCAGCCCAUCAAGUCUAUCUCGCCAUUCACAAAAUCGCAGUGGACCUGGGUGUAAGUGAAUGCAUUUCAGGGUUAAAAUUCCAGUAGAGGUGUCAAUAAUUUGAGGACUUAAAUUUUAAGAAAAGGAUAAGAGUUAAAGGAAUUUGUGGGGGGGAAAAAUCUGCAGACAUCCCUGUCUUUGAGUUAAGAGAUACAGCAUGCAAACCGGCCGUUUCGCCCACUGAGUCCAUGCCGACCAUCAAUCACCCGCUCACACUAGUUCUGUGUUAUCCCACAUCACAUUCACUCCCUACACAGUCGGGCAAAUUACAGAGUCCAAUUAACAUGCCAACCUGCAUGCCUUUAGGAUGUGGGAGGAAACAUCCUGGACACCAUUUGGAUGAGAACAUACAUGGCAUGAUUAGCAAGUUUGCAGGUGACAAUAAAGUGGGUGGUAUUGUAGAUAGUCGACAAUUGCAGCAGGAUCUUGAUCGGUUGGGCAGGUGGGGUGAGGAAUGGAUGAUGGAAUUUAAUACAAAGAAAUGUGAGGUGUUGCAUUUUGGGAGCACUGACAUGAGUCGGGCCUACACUGUGAGUGGUAGGGAUCUGGGGAGUGGUGGAACAGAGAGAUCUAGAAGUGCAAGGACAUAGUUCAUUUAAAGUGGCAUCACAGGUUGAUUGGGGAGUCAAAAAGGCUUUUGGCACAUUGGUCAUCAGUUAGAGUAUUUAGUAUGGAAGUUGGGAGGUCAUGAUGCAGUUGGGUAAGAUGAUGGUGAGGCCGCAUUUAGAGUAUGGUGUUUAGUUUUGGGCAUCAUGCUGUAGGAAAGAUGUUGUCAAGCUAGAAAGGGCGCAGAAAAUAUUUAUGAGGAUUUUGCCAGGAGGGUCUUUGCUAUAGGGAUAUGCUGAGCAGGUUAGGACUCUAUUCCUUGGAUUGCAUGAGGAUGAGGGGUGAUCUUAGAUUCAUACAAAAUCAUGAGAGGAAUAGAUCAGGUAGACACACACAGUCUCUUGUCUAGUGUGUGGGAAUCAAGAACCAUAGGACAUAGAUGUGAGGUGAGGGGGAAAUAUUAAGUAGGAACCAGAGGGGUAUUUUUUUCACGUAAAGCUGCCAGAUGGAAUUUGUACGUUCUCCCUUGUGGGACCUCAUGGGGUUUUUCCGGGUGCUCCGGUUUCCUCCCACAUUCCAAAUAUGGCCAGGUAUGUAGGUUAAUUGGCUUUGGCCAAAAUUGUAAAUUGUUCCCUACGUGUAGGAUAGUGCUAGUGUACGGGAUGAUCACUGGUCGGCGCGGUGAUCACUCGGUGGGCUGAAGCGCCUGAUUCCACGCUGUAUGCAAAAUGUUUAAAAUCUAAAGUCAAAUCAGAUCUCUGCUUUUAAAAUACCCAAUAACCUGACCUCCACAGCCGUCUGUGGCAAUGAAUUCCAUAGAUUCACCACCCUCUGGCUAAAGAAAUCCCUCCUCAUCUAUGAUGGAAAGGUACGUCCUGAUGGAAAUUGUAAAUUAUCCCUCGUGUGUGCGAUAGUGCUAAUAAAUGGGGUGAUCGCUGGUUGGUGCGGACUCGGGCAAAAGGGCCUGUUCCACGCUGCAUUGCUAAAUGUCUAAAUAAAGUUUAAUUUAAGAAAUAUGUAAACAAACACCUUUGAUAAUAAGGGAUUGAAGAGUUUAGAUAUGGGACAUGGUAUAUGUACAGGGGGAUACAUCAUGCCCAAGUUGGACACGGUGGAGUAAAGUGCCUGUUUCCUUGCUGUAUAAUUCUAUGACUUUACAACUAUUUGCUCAUGGUUCUGUGCCUUAAGAUUGGCUUGAUAAAUGCUUGCAUGGAAUGGAAUUAAACAGCCUGAUUCUGGAAUCAAUAA